GAUGCAUAUUACUAACUAGUAGCAAAGAAAGAUGAGCGAUUACAGUGAGAAGAAUGAUCGUUCCAAUCUUGGAGUGAUUCCUGAUUCUACAGUUCAUAUGAGACCAGGGGCAGGUUAUAAUAAGUAUUUAUCGAAAUCGGACUGCACCUUGCAGUCUAAAUGGAACGGAAAAUCUGUAUUAUCCAUUGGGGAAGUUAAAGAACUCUGGAAAGAAAUUCAUGGAGCUGCUAGUCUGCGAGAAAUGGAAGCAAAUCCAAAUAAAAAGAAAAUUUACCUUCAUGAACUGUUAAUAAACUCAGAGGUCCUUUUGCCAAAAUUGCAAAUACCUGAGAGAAACCCAGAGUUAGAGAAACGAGUUGCUGCGUUAAAAAAUUACUUAGCGGACAAGGAGUAUCAACGUAUGACGCAAAAUGUUUCCAACUCUAGUCAUCACAAUCAUAACCCGGAGGAUACGAUUGGAUUUCAAAUGAAACAAAUGAAUUCUGCACUGAUUGCUGUCUUCCAGUUUGUGAUAUCCAUUGCCUGUGCCUUCUUCUUCGGCUUCAGUGGAGUAGAACUUUUCAUCGGAGAGCUAGAACUUGCAGUCAAACUUCUCCUUGGUAUUGGAAUUGCACUAAUCGUUGGGGCUGCGGAAUUGUACUUUUUAGCUGUAAAUUUUGCCGCAUCAGAAGCUAAUGGCAAUUCAUCGUCAUCGUUGGAAUCAUCCAAAUUAUCAACCAAAGGGAUCAAGCCUGGCAAUUUUCAUUUGAAAACUUCAUAAGUUAUUAUAUUAUUAAUUACUAUACGUAUUUAACAAACAUGUACGUUACCGUAUUUUGUGAAGUCAUUUAAUUUUAUCAUAUACUUAUUUACUGUCCUUUCACUUACAUAUUGCAAAUUACAGAAACUAUAUAGUUGUACUUAACUUAAGAGUUAAGAAGUUUUACAUUUAUUUAACAAUAAAUGUGUUCAUGAAAAUCGAAA